GCAUUUGGAAUGAUAUUUUUAAUUCAUCGAAAACGGUAAUACAAAAAAAAAUAUAAAGUAAAUUUGAAAUUAGACUGUCUAGAUUCACGGCAUCUUGUUUUCCCUUCAUCUGCCUCGUGUGACUGAAAAUUGGAGGCAGCGAGAAAAGAGAAUAAUACAGCAUUAUUUCGAUUCUUGCUUUGUGUCGUUUGAUCUAAUAUUGAAAAUAGGAUGUUUAAAAAAUUUUGAAAUAAAUCCUCUCUUUUCAAUAAAGUGAAAUUUUCAUUGUAACGUCAGAAACAUCUUAAGAAAAGUAAAAAUUAAGUUAUUAAGAAGUUUUGAUUGACAAAUUUUUGAACAAGUCACUCACCUCAUAAUAUUGAUGUAAUGAGGAAGCGUGCUUCUUUAUUCAUGUUUUUACAGAAACCAUAAACAAUGGAAAACAUGGAUUACAUUGUUUUAGAUGACAAUGAAGAUGUUAUAGACGAACAAUGGGGACAACACAAUGCAGAUCCUGUAAAUGAUAAUGUUAGUGACAAUGAAGAUAAUGAUUCUAAUCCUGAUGAAGCAGAUGAAGGUCCAGAGAGGGCUAAAAAACUUAAGGAGGAAGUAGUAGAAGAGAUUGACUCUGGUCAGGCAUGUCCUAUAUGCAUGGAUGUAUGGAGUAAUGGAGGAGAACAUCGUUUAUGUUGUUUACGCUGUGGUCAUUUGUUUGGGCAUAGUUGCAUUUUACGCUGGUUGAAACAGGGCUGUACCUCUGGGACUCGCCGAUGUCCACAGUGUAAUCGAAAAGCUGCUAUAAAAGAUAUUCGUGUAUUAUAUGCUAAAAAAUUAUCAGCAGUCGAUACCACAGAACUGGAUAAUUUGAAAACAGACUUGAACAAUGUUACAGCAGAAAGAAAUCGGCUUCAAAUGGAACUGAGCAGGUUUAAUCUGAGACAAAGCUUAUAUGAUUCUCAAUUAAAAAGCUUGAAAAGUCGAAUUGCUGAGUUAGAAACUCAACAAACUGAUUUAAAUAUACAAUUAAAACAAGGAUCGUCAAGAACAUCAACAAGAAAGUUUCACUUGGAGCGCACAUUAGAUAUUUGCAAGGAGAGCGAAUGUCGCGUAUUGGAUUAUAAUGAAUGGUUGAAUUGUCUAGUAGUAUCACAAAAAUCUGCGAACUCCGUGUUUCCUGGUUACGGUGUAAAAAAAAUUGACACCGAAAACUUUCAACCGCUGCAAUUCAUAUUUCUACACUCACAACAAAUAAGAGAUGUUGCAUUUCAUUCCGUGCAGAAAGAAAUACUCCUUAGCGUCGGUUUUGAUAAAUGCGCCAAGAUAACAGAUAUACAAAAUAAUGUAGUGGUUCAUACUUAUCACACGGAAUCCCAACUCUGGAGCUGCUGUUGGUCAGGAAACAGUUCGAACAUUUUUAUGGUGGGUGCACAAAAUGGAACAAUUACGAAGUUCGAUACAAGACAAACCGGUAGUCCUGUAGAAAUUGUUGAAAGUCCUAGAGACAGAACGCCCGUUGUUUCUUUAGCAUCUAUUCCGAGUUGUUCCCGUAGAACAGCAUGUAGUGGCGGUUUCAUAGCAUGCCGAUUGAAUUCCUGUUAUGGAUACGAAUACCGAGAUGCGAAAUACGAACAUAAACAAAUACAUAUUCAAGGUCCAUUCAUGUCUGUUCGUUACGAUGAAAAGAACCAUCAUAUUUUAAUAUCCUGUCGACCUAAUGCAACGAUUCCACAUGCAAGACACGUUGUAUGCACCAUUCAAGCUGGAACCGAGAAUGAAAUUGCGUGCAAUGUUAUUUACGAUUUUAAUGGGGGUAGUUCGCAACAACUCCUCUCACGUCCCUGUCACGUUAACAUUGAUGACGAUACUUAUGUAGCAGCUCAUCAAGAAUCCACGAAGAGCAUACCUUUAUGGAGUGUAUCCAAGGGAACCCAAGACUACAGCAUUCCAGUCUCUGAUCCAAUAGUAGAUCUCUGUUCCUUUGAAAUUAAGCAUAAUAUUUUUUUGGCAACUCUCGCCAAGAAAAAGCUUCGCAUUUAUAAUUACGGAUAAAUAUUCAGAGAAAUUUAAAAGAAAAGAAUUGUAUACAAGUUUGAAAGUUUCUUAUUACCUUACUGCUCCUUGGAGUGGAAAUGAAUGCAUUUAUUGUAUGCACUUCGUAUCCCUAGUUAUGUAACGACUGAUGUCUAAAAAGUUGUACAGCAAUGCAUUGCAUAACUUAACAUAAAGAUUUAUAAGUUUUACAUGUUAAAUACGCUGUACUUUUUGUACAUAUAUCAUCUCAUGGAUGUCUAUAGCAUGUCUGCAGGAUAUUGAGCUUUUAUAUAAAACAUUUGGAGUAUGCACUGUAUGAUUCAAAAUAUACACAAAUAUCUAUUUAAGGAGACAGUGCGAAUGAAAUUAUUCACGAUGAAAAUAAAAUUACUUUAUUAAGUGUACUAAGUCGAAUAAAAUCCUGGUGGUUAUUUUUUAC